AUGACGCGUGAGAUCUUGCAUAAUCCCAUCUUAACCCUGGACUCUGAGUAUGCUAACAUGGUUAUGAAUAUGGUUCGGCCAUAUCCGACUACAAUAUUUGUGGAAGGACGAUUAACACUUGAUUUUACUUUUGAUGAGCUGAUGAGGAUUCGCUCUUGGACAUUUCAGAUCAGAAAUCAUCGUGAACUCAUAAUGAAAUCGAUGCUUGGUGUGCAGGAGCCAAAUUUCUUGGACCAGCUUUCCAAAAAUUUAACUAGAUGUGGCGUAACAAAUAACACUCUUAACUUCCUUCGUCUCUGCGUCAUUCUUGAACCGAUGCAAGAACUGAUGUCCCGUCAAAAGGCUUAUAGUCUCAAUCCUCGCGAUUGUCUCAAAACGACUCUUUUUCAGAAGUGGCAAAAAUUGUUAUCGCCCCAAGGUCAGGCGGCAAAGCCAGCACCAGAAAAUAUUCGUCAGCCAAGUAAACGUCGUAAACGUAAAGGAUCUUCAACAAAUUCAGAUGGCGGCGGCGGCGGAGCCGGUGGUCGUACAUCAAAACGAAAGCAAUCGCCCGUUCCUGUCCAGGUGCAGAAUAUAGCUCAGACGUCUGGGGAUGUCAUGAUAGUUGGAGAACCCACUCUAAUGGGCGGUGACUUUGGAGAUGAAGAUGAAAGGCUAAUCACUCGUCUGGAAAACACACAAUACGACGCAGCAGCUGUUGCGGCUGCAGCUGCAGCUGCAGCGGCUGCGGCACAACAGCAGCCACAUCAGCCUGGGAUGCCCCCGGGAAUGUGCGCAGGGCCUCCACCUCCAGGCUCUGGUGUACCAGGUCCCCCUGGAUCUGUUGGAAAUCCUUUAACUCAUCAGCAUAUGUCCCAGCAAGCAAGUCCCUUUAUGUCCGGUGCAGGAGGCAUGCCAGGCCCUGGUUUUCGUGGAGCGCCAAAUAACCAUUGCUAUGCUCCGCCGCCACCAAUGCAGCAGCAACAGCUGCCACCACAUCUUCAGCAGCAACCACCUCCAAUGAUGGCUCCGCCUGGUUCGGGGUCGUAUGGAGGUGGGCCUCUGGGCCCUGCUGGACAAGGUCUGCCACCACCAGGGAUGGCGCCUCAUCACCAGCAGCCAGGACCUUCACAUGGAGGCCCUUCUCCACAUCACCAUCCCCAUCCUCAACAUAUGAUGUCGCCUUGUAAGUAA